AUGAAUAUGAAUAAUAUUAACAAUAAUGGCAAGAAAGAAGGCCCACCAGCAGUUCAUGUACCAAUCGAGCCUGCUGGUAUGAAUCUUCAUGGUACAAUGCACUUCAGUCAGGGACUCCUCCCGUCGUCAUGUUGGCUCGUCGUCCCCGUCUCAUCACUCUCCCACCCACAGGUCCCAGUACCCCAGAUUCAGGUCAUGAACUCCCAGGAUUAUGUGAAAAUUAUCGAGAUCGCUUGCGCUGACCUGGCUAUCACCACAAAACUCAAAUGUCAGAAGAAGCAACAACAGAUAAUGUCGGAAACAGCGAACACGAAAGAUUUCAUGCAGCAUAUGAAAGAGCAAUUCGAGCGAGGCCGAUACGAUCGAACAUUCGCGAUGCUCAACAACUCGGGAGCCCCAUCACCAUCCCUAUCGACAUCUCCCUCAAUGUCACCAAGAGCGUCGAACGAAAAGGCUAACUUAUAUGAUUGA